AAGAGCUUAUCUGACUUCCAAGAUCGAAAAGGCCAUAUUGGUGAGAACAUGCAAACUCCACAAAGGAGGUGUGAGGUGAGGUUCCAAGCCAGAAUCCUCCGGAAAUUGGUGUCGCUCCAAGAUAAUGAACUCGGAAGAGGUGGUAUUCUUUUCUCUACACUGGUUUUUGACAGGUAUUCUCUACAUACAGCACCUCCGUACUUUAUAUCAUUGGAAGAAAGUGUAAUCGUUUGUUCCAACUCAGAGCCCGGUUGGAAGAGGAGAGAAGGAUUAGGCGGCACAAUCAACCAACACUCUGGGCAUUCUAUCCAUGGCAUUUCAGUGCCUCAUAAUCCCACCUGAUACUGACACAUAAUUCCUAAUUUGCAAAUAUUUGAGUGAACACUGCAUCAAACUGAACACAGUCUUCUGCUGCUAUUUGCAUUAUGCCCCGUUUGACUGCUUAAAUUUUCAAUGUCUCCAUUCGUCGAUGCCCCCUUGAGGACACACACUUGCGCACGGCUUGAUGACAUCAACAAGGACCAACGGGACCAAAAGAAGACUCGAGCGUGAGUGUGACGUGGACAGAGAGCAUCGGGUAUAAAGCACGAGCGCAAUGGUGCGUGCUCACUCAAAGUUGGCCAUAUACGGCUCAGCGAGCACCACUGUUGGAAGCUGCCAGCAAGCAUCAUCCACCUUUUCAACUGACCACUUCAAAGGCACUGAGGGGAAGUCAGGUGAGCCUCCGUUCCCCUAACAGGUAAUAUCCUAUUUCUGGACAAAAACUUUUUUUUUUAUAUUCCCAGUGGAAGAUCUUUGAACAACUUGCUAUCUUGCCUUGAGUAUGCAGUAACAGGCAUCCAAGUGAGACACCAUGAAGUCGACAUGCCUGUUCUUCCUGAAUUCCUUCCUGAUCUGCAACUUGAUGAUGGCGUGCAGAGCACAGAGCAUCUCUGCCGAGGAGGACCCGGACCUGAGGACCAUGGACGACCUCCUCCUACACAGAACUGAGAGCCUCCUGCUGCGUUCCAUCCUGAGAAAGAUGCAAGCAGAAGACGACAAUAACGGUGGUCUCUCCUCUCAGCCAGCGUGGCUCACAAAGCGGCAACAUCCGGGCAAGAGGUACAGCGAGGAUGUGGACGAAGAGGCUGACGUCGGUGAUGAAGAGUAUUCGGAUGUUGAAAGGAGACAGCACCCCGGAAAGCGCUCCACGACUCAUGGCCGCCUUUCGGACGCUCCCGUGAUAGUCGUCCAAGGUGAACUUUCCAAACGGCAGCACCCGGGCAAGCGCUACGUGAUGUUCCCGAGGAGCCGGCGGCAGCAUCCCGGUAAGCGGCAGCCGGACGAGGAGGAUGACGACGCCGAGGAGGAGGUUCACCUCCCGGAGUUGCACAGGCGCCAGCAUCCCGGCAAACGCUUUUUGGAUCAUCCAGGAUUGGCCACGAUCAGUCCUUGUGAAGACCUCUCGGACUCUGUGAGAUGUGCCAAGGCCAACCUGUUGCUCGACUUUUUAGACGACAUCAGCGAUAUGAAACAUGCCGAGGAGAAGAGACAACACCCAGGCAAAAGGUUUGCUCCCGAGGAUGGACAGUAGAUUCGUUAUAGUUCCAUAUGCUGUAUUGUCAAUUAAACAUUGUG